AUGUCUGAUGACGACCUCGUACAGGUCGGGAAGGCCCUGAGCUCGCUCAAAGACAACGAGCGCUUUCACGGAGUCUUGCAGCAGCCUUCUGUGUCGAAGGCUGUCCGACAUUGGGCUGGCAUAGAGCGGCUCUCACCUGAGGAAUGCGAAGACUGGCAGUCGGACGGGCAGAUCAUGUUCGUUCUCGCAGAGCUGCGUCGUUUGGAGCACUGCUGCAGAAAAGCAGGAAUGAAGGUGCCGUUGCACACGGUGCUCGCCUGUGAGGAUGAGCUGCCUUUGCCGGAUGGAAGGAGACUGCGUGGUGGAAAGCUUGAGAACGCUGCGGUGCAAUCGACAUUGGAGGAUUUGCCAGAUCUCCCGCCCGUCGAUCCUGGAGCAUGGAGGAGGACUCUUGUAUGGCAGCUUGUCACCAUGGUUCUGGCAGCUGUGUUGGCACGUGUAGGCGUCUGGUACCAAGAGGAGGAGUUCGCAAAGCUUGCGAUGAAUGCAACCAGUGCAGUCGGCGUCCUAGGACCGGGCGGUUUUCUCGAGUGCAAAGCGAUUGUCUCCAGGUCAACGAUGCAGAGCUCUGACAAGAUUUCGGCUCUUCAUCAAUGGGGUGAGCUUAAAGCGGCCUCAGGCCACUGCCGCCUCGGACACGUGACUUGCCAGUGGAUGUGGCGGAAUUGCUGCGACCUUGCGAAGACAUUGACCGCGCAACUGUGUGGUCUUCUGUGA